CUUUUUUUUUCAUUCUUUUUGAAAGUUGACCCUGAUGCUUCUCCCUUCCGUCGUUCCUAGAAUAUUGACAUGCCAACGCCGUCGACUUUAUGCUAGUGCUGCUGUUGCAGGAACGUCUUCAGACACGUCAACCACACCUAAAGUAUUUCAAGUGUUUGAUCGUCAAGCGAAGCGAUUACAAAAAGAUCGCGCGGCGAGUCAAGUGGAACAGAGUCGAACGGUGGAUUAUCUUCGAGAUGAAAUAGGAGCUCGAGUGGCUGAUAGACUAUUAGAUAUCCAUCGUAAUUUUGAUACAGUCGUGGAUUUGGGAUCAGGAUCUGGACAUAUUAUUAAACACGUCAAAGCAGACAAAGUGAAAAAGAUGAUUCUGUGUGAUAUGUCGGCCUUGUAUAGAGAUAAAGACAUUCAGUACGAAGUGCCGGUAGAGAGACAGCUUGUAGACGAAGAACUUUUACCUUUCAAACAGGAUUCACUUGACGCAGUCCUCAGCAGUCUCUCUCUCCACUGGGUCAAUGAUCUACCAGGCACCCUUAUUCAAAUAAAAAAUGCUCUCAAACCAGACGGUGUCUUUAUCGGUGCCAUGUUGGGCGGUGAUACCUUAUUUGAAUUACGCACUUCCUUACAACUCGCGGAAACAGAAAGAGAAAGUGGUGUUUCUCCACGUGUCUCUCCCAUGGCAGAUUCAAAUGAUAUGUCUCGACUCUUAUCAAGAACAGGAUUUACUCUCACCACAGUAGAUGUAGAUGAAAUUCAAGUCAAUUAUCCCAGUAUGUUUGAAUUGAUGAAGGACUUGCAAGCGAUGGGUGAAAGUAAUGCUGUUUUGACAAGGCGUCCCCUUUUAAAAAGAGAUACUAUGAUGGCUGCUGCAGCUAUCUAUAAAGAACUCCAUGGUCAUCCUGAUGGUACAGUGCCUGCCACAUUUCAAAUUAUACACUUGAUUGGUUGGAAACCAUCUGAAAAUACGCCUUUACCUAAAAAGAGAGGAUCUGCUAACGUAUCACUGAAAGACGUUUUGUAAAACGACGAUAAAUAGCCCAUGCCUUUCCCCUCCUCCCCUCCCCCUCCCUCUCCCCAUCUGUAAAUAAAUCAGCCCAUGAUCGAUAAUAAGGGAGGAUGACGAUGAACCAACGAAAGGAGAAAAAAUUAAUAAGGCCAUGAUUAAAAUUUAAAGAUUUUCUUGAAGCCCUUACUAUAUAUAUUUUUAGUUGCUGUCUACAUCAUAGCGUGUAUACACAUCAUUUGGUUUCAUCUACCUGUCUUCAACGCCCCCUCUG